GGAGCCGGCGUCUCCGUCGGCGGACGCAGGAUCACGCGCCGCGCCUUUAAGUUCAUCAGAACCCUGGGCCCCGAGCUAACAGCCGCGCGGGGCCAGCACCGCAGCCGACCCGAGCCACAGUCUGUGCAGAGGGCCGGCGUGGGAUCGUGAGGCAGGAGCCAGGCUACUGAAGUCCCAUUCGAGUCUCGUUUUCACCUUCUGCCAGAGCCAGUAGCAGUUGGAAAAGAAGGCGGUGCUCUUUGAACAGUGGGCACCAGCCAGCCUCGAAGAGCAGGAUGGACCUCGAUGUGGUGAACAUGUUGGUGAUUGCGGGCGGGACGCUGGCCGUCCCCAUCCUGGUGUUUGUGGCCUUGUUUUUCCUGAAGCCAUCAGUGCUGAUAAAAAUCUAUUACUGGUACUGGCGGCGGACAUUGGGCAUGCAGGUCCGCUAUGUUCAGCAUGAAGACUAUCAGUUCUGUUAUUCCUUCCGUGGCAGGCCUGGGUGCAAACCUUCCCUCCUCAUGCUCCACGGGUUUUCUGCACACAAGGACAUGUGGCUCAGCUUGGUCAAGUUCCUUCCAAAGAACCUACACUUGGUGUGCGUGGACAUGCCAGGACAUGAGGGUACCACCCGCUCUCCCCUGGAUGACCUGUCCAUAGACGGGCAAGUGAAGAGGAUACACCAGUUUGUGGAAUGUCUCAAGCUGAACAGAAAACCAUUCCACCUGAUAGGUUCCUCCAUGGGUGGCAGCGUGGCCGGGGUGUAUGCUGCUUACUACCCAUCAGAUGUCUGCAGCCUGUCUCUUGUGUGCCCUGCUGGCCUGAAGUACUCAAGUGAUAAUCAGUUCAUACAAGGGCUCAAAGAAAUGCAGGACUUGGCCUCUGCAGAGAAGAUUCCUCUGAUCCCAACCACCCCAGAAGAGAUGAGUGAAUUGCUCCAGCUCUGCUCCUACGUCCGCUUCAAGGUGCCCAAGCAGAUUCUGCAAGGCCUUGUUGAUGUCCGCAUCCCUCAUAACAGCUUCUAUCGAAAGCUGUUUUUGGAACUCAUCAGUGAGAAGUCGAGAUACUCCCUCCAUGAGAACAUGGACAAGAUCAAGGUCCCAAUGCAGGUCAUCUGGGGGAAGCAAGACCAGGUGGUCAAUGUGUCUGGGGCAGACACGUUGGCCAAGUCGAUCGCCAACUGCCAGGUAGAACUUCUGGAAAACUGUGGGCACUCAGUUGUGGUGGAGAAACCCAGGAAGACAGCCAAGCUCAUCGUCGACUUUUUAACUUCUGUGCACAAUCUAGAAAACAACAAGAAGCUAGACUGAGGCCUGGACUGCAGCCUGCAAUCCGCACACCACAUCUGCUCCCACCUCCCAAAUCUGAUGCAGCCACCACUUCUCAGGGAUUCUGCCCCAGGGGGGUUCAGAGCACCGGCAUCCCAAGGAAGCGGGUCCCCUGUCUCCAGUCAGAUCCACAGAGCUUUGGGGGCCACAAAAAAUCUCCAAGGUGUUUUUCACAAAAAAGGAACUCAUGUGAGACAAAAUAAGAAAAGCUAGCCUUCAGAUCUACCAAGAAGUCUUCAAAUUCAUGUCACAAAGCUGCCACCUUAAACCAUAAUCACCCAGGACAUCAUUUUCUUUAAAACAUUUCUUACACCCUGAAACAUGAGGUAUUUCUGUUACUUCAGAUGUUCUUUCCUGCAUGGUCAGUGGCUGUUGUAGGGACAUUAGUCCCUAUUCCCUGAGCCUCUCGUUUAUAUCUUAAGUUUUACAUAGAGACGCAGUCCAUUCACUGCAAGACCAGGUUGGAAAAUGGCAAGCUGCAGAAAAUACUUACACACGUAUAUAUUGCUCCACCUUGGCCAGCCCUGGGAGCAGCAGAGAACAUACUGACACAUGGGGGCUUUAGUCAGCACCCACAUGUCAGGUGUACCAUGAGGGAACUCAGUGAAGAACACCUGGCAGGGUGGGUUUCCUGGGAACAGUGUGAUUUUAUAAAUAGGACUAAUGAAGCAGUAAUGUUCUAAGUAAGUAAUCAGAUGUGAGUUCUAAGUAAUCAGACUUAGAACUCAAGCACUUGAGUUCUAAGUAAUCAGACACACAAGCACAACUCUUUUCCAAGUUGCUGUGUUUCUGAAAACCCUGGGGUGUAGCAUACUGUUUGGUUAAUGAAUUCUGUGAAUUAUGUGGACAGUAAUGUGAUUGAAAAGAAGUCUAAACAACUGUAAAUGACCACAGUGACAUGAAAUAAGUGUCCUAAGCCUAGAUCAACAACAUGCAGAGAGUUGCUAUUUCUAAGCUCUUCAUUUUGUGCAACAUGGGUGGAUUUUCUGUGAAUUUGCGUUAAGUGUGUUUUAAAGUAAGGCUUACUCUACAGGCACUGGAUAAUUCCUUGAAUGAUUUACUAGGUUCAUUUUAAGAAACCAUUUUUAAAUUUUUUUAUGUAAUUGAAAGAGUAUAUCAAAAACAGAGGCAAGAGUCAUCAAAAUUUUCCUUUUGACCCUCUUCUGUUGCAUUUAGGAAUCCAAAAAUCCCAGGAGGUUGACUCUUCCAAGUCAUUUUACAGAUAAUCUCUCCAGCCAAGUAAUUCUGGAAAUAAAGCAAGAUGAACUUAAGUUUAAAUUGGAA